CACCACGCCAGGCUGAAUCACCAAGUUCAAACCAUCCCCCUGCCUGCUUGGAGGAAGUGUGUGAAACCAGGCACCAUGUGCUCCGUAGCUGGCUGGGGCGGAACGUGUCUGUCGAAUAAAACCGGCUCUGAUGUACUGCUGGAGGUGGACCUGAAGGUCCAGGAUGAUGACAUCUGCGAAAAGACUUUCUUCAGAUAUUCUCCUCUAGUUCAGAUGUGCGUGGGAGAUUCCUCUGGAGAGAAAUCAACAUUCAAAGGUGAUUCUGGGGGUCCUCUGGUGUGCAAUGGGACAGCCUAUGGCAUUGUCUCCUAUGGACCACAAGGAAAAACCUUCCCUAAAGUAUUUGCAAAAGUGUGCGAUUUCAUCCUCUGGAUCGAGAAAGAGCUUAAAAAGCUACAUCCUUAGGGACUACUUGUAUCCUCUUUGUCUGCCCUGCACUUCUGCAGUUGAACUAAAUCAGGCGGAUGUGCAAAACCUAACAUCAUCCCAAAAAGCUAAAAAAUAAAUAAAUAAAUAAAAAUUAGUAGUUAAUUUAGAAAGAACAUGAAAAACAACUUGGAAAUGCAGCAUAAGUUUCCAUGAAAGUCAAUUCAUUUGUCAAACUAAAAUGGUAUUAAAUAUUGAUAUGAAAGAAGGAUCAUUCAGUCUUCGUUCAAAAAUUGAAGUUAAGCAAAAUGAAGGAAAUGUAAAGACAUUUUUUACAAAGCUAAUUGUUUGUGUCAACAAUUCAUUUAAAUUAGAUACCAAAUAAUAGUUCACUCAGACCUGAGAGGAGUUCAAAUGCUGAAAGAAAUUAAAGCAAAUAUAAUUUUGCAAUAAAAUGAACUGAAAUUUCAAUUCAAAAUAAAUAAAAAUGGGAUCUAGUAGAAGCUGAGACUUUCAGACAUUGAAAUCAAAAUGAAUGAGCUUGAAAGACCAUGAAUGAGCUCCGUACCAUGCUGAGGUGUUAAAAAUAAAGAUCUCCUGGGGCAGAUGAAAAACCAGAGGGAAGGAUGCCAGGAUAAGACAUGUGCUUGCUUAUGUGCCAAGAAAUUAGCCACUAAUGUGGUAGAGCCAGAUUGCCUCAA